AUGGAAUAUCCUAAAGGAUUAGAUCCAUUUAAAGCAAGACAAAACUUAUUGCAUCAUACUUAUUCACCAUUAAUAUCAAUACAAUCUACUUAUAAUGUUGAUAUAUUAUUUCAAUCAAUUUUAGAAAAUGAUAAUAAUAAAAAUUCUAUAUCAACUUUAAAUUUAUUAAAACCUUUUGGUAAUAAUGCAAGAUAUGGUAUACCAAAUCAACAAUUUAAAAUAACAAAUAAUCAAUUAAUUACAAAAAAUUAUAAUAGUUUUCCUAUAAGAUUUGAACCUUCAUUACCUGAAUUAUUAUCAAUAUCUUAUGCUCAACAACAACAGCAAAAACACCAAAAAGGUCAUAUUACUCCUCAUACAAAACAAUUACCUAAUUUACCUAAUUCAUCAUUUUCAUCAAAUUCUGCAUCUUCAUCUUCUACUAAACUAUCAAAUAGUGGAUCACUACCGCCAAUUGAAUCAUCAAUACAAUCUGAAAAUCAUCCUCAAUUAGAACAAUUGUUUAGUAUAUCAUCAUUAGAGCUUUAUCUACGUCAUAUCUCCAAACUGCUUAAAGAUUCUGAUCAAAAAGAAGAAAAGCUAUAUCAAACAUUUUUUAAUAAAAUUAUAACAACAAAUAAAAUAACUCCUUUUGAAACUUUUAAUCAUCCUAUAGCUCAAAUAUUUAUAAUAGAUUUUGAAAAUGAUUCAAUAGAUGAUUUAAGAAAAUUAAUUGUUGAAUUUAGAAAUUUUAAUUUCCCAAAAUUUUUUCAAAUUGAUGAUUUAUUAAUUCAUGUAUUUAUAAUAUAUGAUUCUAUAAAAUUUGAUUCAAAAGAUGUAUUGGUUUUACAAAAUGAAAUUAGAAUUAAAUUAAAUAUUGAUAGUAUUACAAUACCUAUAAAAUUAAAAUGUGAUUUAGAAAAAGAAGCAGCACCAGAACAAAAUUUUACAAUAAUUUCAUCAAUUGAAAAUUGUACAAUUGAAGAAGAUUUACAAAGAUUAACAUUAAAUGAUGAAACUACAAAUUUAAAAAUUCCAGAAUCAAUAGAUACAUCAUUAAGAAUUACUGUUUAUAAUUUCAUUAACAAGUUUCUUAUACCUCAUAUGCAAAAUAAAAUUAGAAUAUGGGAUGAUCAAAUGUUACAACCAAAAAAAUCAAUAACUGGUAGAUUUUUUUCAGCAUCAAGGAAAUUUUUUAAUAAUAGUGAUUCAAAUUUAUUAUCAUCUUCUUCAACUAUACAAUCAUCAGGAUCUAAUUCUUCACAGACAUCAUCACAACAAACAUCUUUUAAUUAUCAAGAAAUGUAUUAUUAUAAAUCAUCACCAGAACAAACUAUACGUAAAUUAGCUGAUUGGUCAUUAAUUUUAAAUGAUUUUAAACAUGCUUAUUCAACUUAUGAUUUAAUUAGAAAAGAUUAUAGUAAUGAUAGAGCAUGGAUUUAUGUUGCAUCAACUCAAGAAAUGUGUAUAAUAUCAUUAUUAUUAGCACAAACUCAAUCUUUUGGUACAAAUCAACAAAAACAGACGAUUCCAGAUAAAAAUACAUUGCGAAAAAUAAGACAUGAUAUAAUUGAACCAUUUAUUGAUAAUUUAUCAUAUACUUUUAAAUCAAGAUUAAAUUUAAAAACUUAUAGUAUUAAACUGUUAUUAAUGACUAUUGAAUUAAUUCAAGUAAUGAAUUUAAUGUAUAAUAUUCAAAAUUGGUGGAUUGAUUUAAUUGAAAAAUAUUUAUUAAAAUUAUUUCAAGAAUUUGAUUUAAAUUUAAAUAUUUUAAAUAAUCAACAAAAUUUAACAAACAUUGCAAACAACGGUAAUAAUUAUUCAAUUAUAAAAUCAAUUUUAUUUCAAAGAUUAGGUUACGUAAAUGGAUAUUAUUAUUUAACAGAAAAUGAAGAAUUAUUAAAUUUUACAAAUUUAUCAAAACCAGUAAGAAAUGAGAAUAAUGAAGAAGGUGGUUAUAUAAAUACUUUUAAAUUAAAACCUUUAAAUCCAAUUAUUGGUUUAACAAGAUUUAGAAGAUCUAAAUUAUGGUAUCAUUUAUCUAAAAUUGAUAAUCAAAAAAGUAUUACACUGUAA